CAGAGCGGACGGCAGAGCCGGAGCCACAGCUGCAGACCGGAACCGGCAGAAGAUGCGGCGCGCACCCCGCCUGCUGAUCAUGCUGCUGGGGCUGCUGGCCCUCUCCCACGGCGGCCGAGGCCAGGCCGACGGCCCCCCGGGGGGUCCCGGCGCCGAGGAGGGCGCCCCCAGCCUCAGGAUCGCCCCCGGCAACGCCGCCUUCGCCUUCAACUUCUACCACCUGGUGGCCGCCCUCAACCCGGGGAGCAACGUCUUCUUCUCCCCGCUGAGCAUCUCGGCCGCCUACGCCAUGCUGGCCCUGGGCGCCGGCGCCGACACCCGGGCCCAGAUCCUGGAGGGCCUGGCCUUCAACCUCUCCAACACGUCCGCCCCGGACAUCCACCGCGGCUUCCAGCACCUGCUGCUCACGCUCAACCGGCCCCGCGGCUCGCUGGAGACCCGCGUGGGCAGCGCCCUCUUCCUGAGCCAGGCCCUGACGCUCCGGCCAAGCUUCCUCAACCUCACGGCCACCUUCUACGGGGCCCAGCCCUUCCCCGCCGACUUCCUGGAGCCCGAGGCCGCCGCCCGGCUCAUCAACAGCCACGUCCGGGAGGAGACGCACGGCAAGAUCGACAGCGUGGUCGGCAGCCUCAGUACCGACACCGUGAUGGUGCUGGUGAACUACAUCUACUUCAAAGGCCGGUGGAAGAGCCCCUUUGGCCGCUCCAGGACCGCCCCCCAGGACUUCCACGUGGACGAGCACACGGUGGUCAAGGUGCCCAUGAUGUUCCAGGAGCAGGACAGCCACUGGUACCUGCGCGACCAGCACGUGCCCUGCUCGGUGCUCCGGCUGGACUACCAGGGCGGCGCCCGGGCCCUGCUGGUGCUGCCCGACAGCGGGAAGAUGGCGCAGGUGGAGGCGGUGCUGACGCCGGGCAUGCUCCGCAGGUGGAGCCGCUUGCUGCAGAAGAGGGCCUACUACCGGAAGCUCUGGCUGUAUCUGCCCAAGUUCUCCGCCUCCGGCUCCUACAACUUAGACGAGCUGCUGCCGCAGCUGGGCAUCCAGGACCUGUUUACCCAGCGGGCCAACCUGUCGGGCAUCGCGGCCCAGGACAACCUGCUGGUGUCCAAGAGUGUCCACAAGGCCGUGCUGGACGUGGACGAGGCCGGCACCGAGGCUGCCGCGGCCACCAGCCUGUCCAUCACCUUCUUCUCCGCUGUGCACACCCCCCGCAUCCUCAAGUUCAACCGGCCCUUCCUGCUGGCCAUCCUCUCCGCCGACACCCAGAGCGUCCUCUUCCUGGGCAAGAUCGUCAACCCCACGCAGCCCUAGCCCCGCCGGGCUGCUGUCUGCAGGGCUGGCCCGGGGGCAGUGGUGCUGGGUCCGGGCAGAAGCUGCUGGAGGCGGGAGGGGAGUGGGGGGACCAGGCGGUGUGGACUGGACACGCGGCCCCCACGGCCAUGCAGGCUCAGCACCCCUGCCACCCCUUCAGUGAGUGUCUGCUGGGAGGCGGGAGACCACCCCCUGCCCCCCCACCCCACCCCUGCCUCGCCCGCUCCGUCUGAGGGUGGCUGUGUGCAUUAAACAGACUGAUGGUGAGGAGCCUGGCCCAGCGCCUUGUACACAGCAAACACUUAAUAAAUGCACGCCUUUCCCGUCCCUCUG